AUGGGCUACGGAAUGGCCUCCAACAUUCGCCAAAAGCUCUCCCCAAACUCAACAGUUUUCAUCAACGACGUCAACCCGGAAGCAUGCACUCGUUUCCUCGUCGAGCACAGGUCCAACGGACCCAUCGAAAUCGUCCAAACAGCCAAAGAAGCGGCCUCGAAAGCUCCAGUCCUCAUCUCCAUGGUCCCGGCCCCUGAGCACGUCCAACAAGUCUACCUCGACAAGGAGAACGGCGUGAUCGCUGCACCGCCGAGCAAAGAUCGCUUAGUCCUUGAGUGCAGCACGAUCGACGUCGACACUCAGCGCGAAGUCGGCAACACCAUCAUGGACGCGGGCGUGGGCAGUUACUGCGACGCUCCGGUAUCCGGCGGCCCCCGGGGCGCCGUCGCCGGCACCCUCGCCUUCAUGAUCGGCAGCCCCUCACACGACCCGCGGGCCUCACAGAUCCACUCCAUCGUUUCCCUGAUGGCAGCAUCAGAGAAGAUCUUCCUCUGCGGCGCCCUCGGCACCGGCGCCGCAGCCAAGAUCAGCAACAACUACCUCGUCAGCACCUUCUCCAUCGCCCUCAGCGAGGCAUUCGCGGUCGGGCUCAAGAACGGCCUCGACAAGUACGUGCUCGCGGACGUGAUACGGAGCUCGAGCGGCCAGAGCUGGGUGGGCGAGCACAUGCAUCCGUGCCCGGGGGUGGUGGAGGGGGCGCCGAGUAGUGAUGGGUACAGGCCGGGUUUUCGGCAUGAGAUGAUGGUUAAGGAUACGAUGUUGGGGAUUCUGGCGGCGGAGGGGGUGGGGGUGGAGCCGAGGAUGGCGAGGACGGCGGUGGAAAUGUAUAGGAGGGCGGCAGGGGAUGGGAGGACGGAGGGGCUUGAUUUUGCGUCGGUGUUUAAGCUCAUCUUUGAAGGGGAGUAA